CGACACUUUUAUGGACGAAAGUCUGACUUCGCGAAAAUCGCAUUAGAAAGCUAAUAAGUCGCUAAUCGACCCUUCGUGAGACUGAGAUUCCAAUUUUCAUUGUGAUUUCCAUGCCCUAGGUUUUUAAUUGUCAUCAUCGGCAAGAACAGAAAAAGAAGAAAAAACCUUACCUGGAAACUCGAAUCGGGUGAGAAUUGAAUCUAUCGGGAGCAUGUGGCACGAAGCGCGGAGGUCGGAGAGGAAGGUUCACGACAUGAUGGAUGCGGCUCGGAAGCGGGCCCAGCGGCGCGCCGUGUACCUGGCCAAGCGGCGCGGUGACCCGCAGCAGUCGAUUCAGGCAGUCGGAUCUCGCUGCCGCAUCCACCGCGAUGAUGCACUCUUCCAGGCCACUGAAGAUCAACAGGGCCUGAUACCUUGGAACGGAAAGCAGGAUAUUUUGAUUGACAGAUUUGACGGCCGAGCUCUUCUUGAUUUUAUCCGCGAUAGUAGUACCUGGCGUUUUCGGCCCGUAGAAAAAACUGAGGAAGAGGAAGAGUUAGAAGAAUUUGUUAAUUUUGAGCGUUACCGGGAUUUAAUUAAGCAUCGGCGUAGAGGAUUUAACGACGAGGAGGGUCUACGUCAUGUUAACCUAGAGAUGGAGGCUAAGAUCACUGCAGCAUUUGGAUCAGACAGGCCCCAUGUGUCUCAGCCUCCACCAAAUAAAGGGUCUUAUUCUCAAGUUGGUUUCUCAUAUGAUGGAGAUGGACAUGAAGAUAUUCAAUAUUCAGAUGCCGACGAAGAGGACGACGAGAAUGAAGACGAGGAAGAAGAUUUCAAUAGUGACGACAGCAAUGAUGAAGCAAUGGAGUCAAUUGCUAAAGAAUUUGGGGUGAAGAGAUAUGGAUGGCUUGUAUAUAUGGACAAAAAGGCUAAAGAGGAGGCAAGAAGGCAGAAAGAAAUGAUCAAAGGAGAUCCUUCAACUAGGAAGCUGAGUCGCAAAGAGAGAAGGAAAGCUUCUCAGAUGGGAAGAGAGAGGGAAAGAGAAAGUUCUCGGUUUACUGGAACCAGGGUUUCUCAACGUGAUCCAUAUCGGGACUCUAGGCGAAGUCCUACUUAUGAGGCUUACUCACGCUCUAGGAGACGCUAUUCACGUGAUGAUAAUCGUCGAGGCAAAGAAACUGCACCCAAAAUAGAGUAUAUUACUGAAUUCGGGUGCUCUGGAGACGGAAAUGAGCUGAAGCUUGAAGGACAUUAUUCUCCUCCAUCAUCUCCUCCAUCUCAAAUUGGUGCACUGAACUGGCCGUCUGGUCACAUACUUGAGGCUCUCCAUGUGGACCCCGCCUCUGGUGUGUCUCUUGACAAUGAUAGAAACACCAAGCUGCCAAAAACCACGCCAAACACAUCAUCUGCACUAGCAAAGUUGAGCAAAGCAACUAGCGGUGGAAAUCUGUCCAAGCAACAGGGGGAGAAGAAGGAAACGCCUCAAGAACGACUAAAGCGGAUCAUGGACAAGCAACUAAACAAACAAAUUAAAAAGGACACGGCAGUUGAAAUGGCUAAGAAACGAGAACAAGAACGCAAAAGGCUCGAAAAACUUGCAGAAACGAGCCGGAUAAGCCGAUAUAGAAGCCGAAGUAGAAGUGACAGCCGCUCUCCCAGAAUGGGCUAUGUUCUGUCUGUUUUAGAAGAUACAGGCGCAGCCGAAGUCGAAGCAGGGGCAGGAGUUCAAGAAGAUAUAACUCACGAUCGAGAUCACGCUCUCGUUCUUCCAGAAGGUCUCGGUCUCCUUCUAGAUCGUAUUCAAAUUCUCGUUCGCGUUCUCCAAGGGGAACCAGACGGUCAAGGUAUUGAAAAAGUGAUCAUGCUAUCGGAGUAUGUAGCAGACGAAUUUCGAGCUGUGUUAUGUAGGUUAAAAGCAUAUUAUGCCGUUGUCUCUAUUUUACUACCUUUUAAUGUAUGAUUUCCUGAGGGUAUCUAUAUGUGUUCAAUGUUGUGUUUAUUAGCCACAUUUGGGUUGUCAUGUUUGAAGUUGAUGUAAUAAUACUGACUCUUGAAACACUUUUAUUUAUCUAAUGACUAAAUAUAAAAUAUUGAUGGGGAUUUUUGUUCCUUGAAUUUUUGAGUAAGAAAUUUUGCUGUGGUCGGUUUGCAAAUACUUGUAGGUCCUAUGGACUUUGUUAUAACUAAUAAAACAUUAAGC